ACAAUAAGUCAGUUGUUGUAAAUACUUUUGCAUUUAUUAUAAAAUAAAUUGAUAAAAACCGGUGUAUCUCAUGUUUUUAUAUCUUUAGUUUAGUUAAGAGUGUCCAGCAACACGACGAAAGCAGAACGGGACGAAUUUAAAAACUUGAGAAAAUACGAUUGAGACGAACCAAGACGAUACCGUUUAAUGAGGAUGAAGAAAACUCCUUAAAUCUUAUUUUACAAGAAUUUGCAUUAAAAAAAGGUGGAUGAAAUGGAGCUGCUGUUGAAGACCAUAGCAGAACUCUUCAACUGCUCUAAAAUACGGGUGAUUUGUUUUCUUCCUUAACUUUCUAAGAAACAUUUUUGGCAAGGUCCAGAUCCAGACCAUGGAACUUGAAACGUACCUGAAGCGAAAAACUUUUUUUGUGACAUGACUAUUCAGUCAGAGACGAAGAGGUCUCUCAUAAGACUACGUCCGCCCAGAAAGGAGGUUUGCUUAGCGUCUAGAGCCUCGGGCUAUGCAUUCCGGCUACUUGCUAAGGAAUCUGACGAAUGUGUCUUAGAUCUGGGCCGAGUAAGUAGUGAUAUGUAAAUACUCUUUGCUUCUGAACCACAGCUCAGAACGUAAAACUUCAAACUGUCACAAAUUGUCAUCUACACGUCCAGUCUGCUAUCGUAAAAUUUACGUAAAUGUUCAAUCUAAUCUACUAAGUGUAUCUAAAUGUUCGAUCUGGACCGAUUCACGACUCCAUCUAUCUAAAGCGUAAGCCAUGCUGAAGGGGUUGGUGCUGGUUGUGUUGUGUGCGGCGUGUGAAGUCACCGCGCGAUAUGCAUUCUUCCGGUCGUUAGGACGCGAGGCCAGUGCGCGGCGCAUCUUCGGUGGCACGGAGGCCCCGGCGGGCGCGUACCCGGGCGCCUGCGCGCUGCUGGACUCCUCGCUGGCGCCGCGCUGCUCCUGCACGGUGCUGGCAACGCGCUGGGCGCUCACGGCGGCGCACUGCGCGAAGCCCGAGGUGGCCUACGUGCAGUUUAAUGGACGGGAUCGCUCCGACUCCAAUCUCGCGACUGUAAAGCUCGUCUACGCACAUCCCUCGUUCGAGGCCGUGGUGAGGGACCUGGGCGAGGGCCCGGACGUGGUGACGCUGCAGCACGACCUGGGCCUGGUGCGCACGCGCAGCAACAUGGUGCUCUCCUCCUACUCGUACUUCCCCGUCCCCCGCGCCCCGCGCACCAACGGCGACAUCGUCAGCGGCAUGAUGCUGUACCAUAUCGAGGAUCUGAUAGAUAAGGAUAUUGAUAUUUUGGGCUACGGUAUGACGGACGUGAAGCCGGCGGGCGAGCGACUGCGGGAGGUGCGGUUGAAGAUGGCCACAUGCGGGCGCGAGGGCUGGCGGCACUGCGCCUGCGCGGUCGGCUCGGUCAGCGGCGUGUGCUCCGGCGACUCCGGCGGGGCCGUGCUCUAUAACGGCACGCAGGUACUUGCGGCUGCGGCUGGCCGCGUGCGGGCGCGGGGGCUGGCGGCACUGCGUCUGCGCGGUCGGCUCGGUCAGCGGCGUGUGCUCCGGCGACUCCGGCGGGGCCGUGCUCUAUAACGGCACGCAGGUACUUGCGGCUGCGGCUGGCCGCGUGCGGGCGCGGGGGCUGGCGGCACUGCGCCUGCGCGGUCGGCUCGGUCAGCGGCGUGUGCUCCGGCGACUCCGGCGGGGCCGUGCUCUAU